CUUCAUUCUCGAUGGUGCAGGUUAUUCGUAUUGGUAUGCAACCCAUAAAUUAAUAAUAAUGUGUUAUUAGGCCACUCAUCCAGUGGAUUUAGACGGACGGUAUGGCCGAGUCUAGCGCUCAAGAGGCGGACUUGAAAUCAGCACUUGAAGCGGCGCUACACGGAAAUGGCGUGCUAUCGGAGGUGAAGGCAAGGAUACGCGCCGAGGCUUUUCUGGCACUCAACGACAAGACAAAGCCUUGUCCUGCUGUGUGCAGGGAGAAUCUCAUCCUGAAUGAGCUGAUUCGCGAGUACCUGGAGUUCAAUCAAUAUAGCUACACAGCGGUGGUAUUGGAUGCUGAGAGUGGGCACACUGGGGAAAGGAUGCACCGUAAAGUGCUCUGCCGAGAGUUAGGCUACCCUGACGAGAUGGCAGAAGCAGAAGGCAAUGGUGCAUCUACAGCCAUACCUCUCCUGUACUCUGUACUGGCAGCGCUACUCCGUGGAAAAGAGGAGAGUAGAGUGCAAGCUGAGCAAGAUGCGGAGGCAGAGAAGCGCAGCGAAAUCCACGCCGUGGCGAAUAUCACCGGUGCAACGUGUCAAGACCCCAUUGUACUGCAGAGACCGCAGUGAGCUGUUAACAGUUGGCUGGGCACCGCCGAGGCAGACUCACGGCGAGCAAUGUUCAGCCGAUGGAAGCCUUUUCCAGUUACUUGCUGCUUCCAAGGAUCUUACUAACGCCGAGCUUCAAACAAUUUGACGUUCACAAUCGUCGAACGUUGCCGCUGCUACCAAACAACGCAAUAGCCUGUUACACGUGACGGAACAGUGAGUGCAACGAUGGAGACGCUGCUAUGUAUUAUAGAGACAGAAGAAUUCCGCUUCAUGCAGCGGCCGUGCCCCAGUGUACAGUGUGCAGGGCCAUUGCACAGCCUCGGCCAUGUAUGUAGACACCGUCCUCGCUCCAUGGCAUUGCUAGGCGAAGUGUUUUGUGCAGUCUAUUUUUGUUUCUGUAUUUUCAUUGACAGCCUGGCAACUGUAUACAUUUAUGCACAAUCACACCCUAGGCAGCGAUGAGAAUUUUCCUGAUCAUGGGUGCUGCUCCUUAUAUUAUUUUUGUACAAAUUUCCACUGUUUCAUUUUCCAGCGAGUUGAGUGUGUAUUGCUUUCUGUUGUCUGUUAUCAUUGUCACAGUUAGUUUCAUUACCACUUUCAAGAGAACGACUUGUGCUGUGAACAUCGUGUUUUUGAGCGCAAGAAUAUUGCA